AUGAGUGAAUAUAAUGAUAGUAUAUUAUUCAUUCUUCCUUUGGCCAUUGCCGCAAUAAUAUACUUUUUCUUCAUCAGUCGUGGCAAAGGAUCUAAAAGCGAAGAACAAAAUAAAGAUGCUGUUCCAACAAUCACUACAAAACCAAUCGUCACAAUAACAGCCAAUUAUGUUUUAGCUGAUGAAAACUGGAACAUUAGCAAUGGAACUCGCAUGACCCUUGAAAUUCUGUCAAAAAGAACUUGCAUCUUUGUCUUUGCUAUAGUUAAGGACAAGGACGAAGCCGCACUCGCUAAAAAGCUUCUUUCAGAAAGAUUGAACGGACUUGUUGAACCAAGUCAUAUUCUUCCUUGCCAAACAGCAAUGGGAUGCGCAUCUAUGGCCAGACAAUUAGAUUCAGCAGCUCAUUUCGAUUACAAUCCAGAGGCUAUUCACCAGGCAUCCAUUUUCAUUCCAAGUAUUCUUAUUGCUCCACCCUCUGUUGAAUCUCCACACGCAAAGUGGACAAACUCAAGCUUUGAGGACUUCAUUACAGGAGGAAAUACCGAGUUCUUCUCUAUCCUUCCUAAAUAA